GGGGGAGCGCGUUGUAGGCGACCAGAGUAUCCCCGUCUUGGAGUAGUGUAUUAAAAAGCGUUUGAUCGUUUCUUUCCCACACUCGUUUCCAUGCGUGGCUGCCUCCGCCAGUCAGCUUUGUGGGUUUUUUUUGUCCCUCCUUCUUAAUCAACAGAAGGGACCUAAGAAAAUACAGGUUACAAUUGCGUCACUGCUAGCUAGCUGUAGCAGCCUUAAAAACCCAGCCGUGGGACCUCCACCGGCCGCGGUUUCAGGCUCAGUCUUCCAUCGCGAGGGGAAGGCGCGCGGGCUCUGUGCGCACGAAGCCGGCCACCCGCAGGGCCGAGAGCCUGAGUCCACUCCGUGGUCUCGGCCCAGAGAACUGAGUUUCCGCCUCUGAAAGCCAAGAUGCCGGCUCACAUGCUGCAGGAGAUCUCCAGCUCCUACACGACCACCACCACCAUCACAGCGCCUCCCUCUGGCGGCCUGCAGAAUGGCGGCGAGAAGGUGGCGAAAAUGCCCCUGUACUCAGAGGAAGACAUCCGUCCUGAAAUGAAAGAUGACAUUCGCGACCCCAACUAUGAGGACGAGGAGGGCCCUGCUCCCAAGCUGGAGUAUGUCUGGAGAAACAUCAUCCUCAUGGCUCUGCUGCACGUGGGAGCCCUGUAUGGGGUGACACUGCUUCCCACCUGCAAGUUCUAUACCUGGCUGUGGGUAAUUGCGUGUUACUUAGUGAGUGGACUGGGCAUCACUGCAGGAGCUCAUCGCCUGUGGAGCCACCGAACUUACAAAGCACGGCUGCCCCUGAGGAUCUUCCUGAUCAUCGCCAACACGAUGGCGUUCCAGAACGAUGUGUAUGAAUGGGCCCGAGACCAUCGUGCUCACCACAAGUUUUCAGAAACACACGCUGACCCUCACAACUCCCGACGUGGCUUUUUCUUUUCUCAUGUGGGCUGGCUGCUUGUGCGCAAACACCCAGCCGUCAUAGAGAAGGGGAGGUUGCUCGACAUGUCCGAUCUAAAAGCUGAGAAACUGGUGAUGUUCCAGAGGAGGUAUUACAUACCUGGUCUUCUGUUGCUGUGCUUCACGCUGCCCACACUGGUCCCUUGGUAUUAUUGGGGUGAAACUUUUGUACACAGCGUGUGUGUUGCCACCUUGCUGAGAUAUGCCCUAGUGCUCAAUGCCACCUGGCUGGUGAACAGUGCUGCCCACCUCUACGGAUAUCGCCCCUAUGACAAGAACAUUAACUCUCGCGAGAACAUCCUGGUUUCCCUAGGAGCUGUGGGUGAAGGCUUCCACAACUACCACCACUCCUUCCCCUAUGACUACUCUGCCAGUGAGUACCGCUGGCAUAUCAACUUUACCACAUUCUUCAUCGACUGCAUGGCUGCCCUGGGUUUGGCUUAUGACCGGAAGAAAGUAUCCAAGGCUGCUAUCUUGGCUAGGGUUAAAAGAACUGGAGAUGGAACCUACAAGAGUGGCUGAAUUUUGAGUCAUCCAGGUUUUUCUUUUAAAAGUCAGCUGGGUACAUGUUUAAUGUUGCAUUAAUUAACUACUGAGUAAUGCUUCCUGGGUGGUUUGGUGAUGACCUUAACCUACCAAUACAGUAGUCUUGUAAAAUGCAUAACAAUUGAAAAGUAAUAACUUUAUUUUAUACUAGUUGAUAGAAUUUUCUUUUCUCUCUUCAAAUCCCAAUUUUCUUUUUAUUGCUUUGUCUCUUACCUUCCUUUCUUCCUUUACUGCCUCCCAUGCAAGCAAUUGGUCACCCAUAAAUUGGUAUCCACCUUCCGAAGCCUAGUAACCCUUCUAGAGUCUUAAAAGUAAGACCCUUUGCGCUAGAUGACUUUUUCCUUGAAGAUAGUUCAUGAUAGUUGCUUCAAGUUAGACAUUUAAUGAAAUCUGCUGUGAAGUUUCUGUUUGCUGUCAUCACCUCAUCCACUGCUAGAUGAAACUAGAAUAACUUUAGGAGGGAUCUUGCGAAGUUGGGAAAUCAUCCUAUGAGAUAGUUAUUAUUGCAGGAUAAAGGUUGUGAGUUGAGCUGGGAAACCGGGCAAGGAUAAUCUGCUAGAAUCAGUCCAGAUUGCUUGUCUAGUGAGACAUGGAGCUCCUUCUUACAACUUUCCUUUCAGACUCUGGGUAGGGGAUGGUUAUGGAUCCUGGUGGUGCUAGAAUACAACAGCGUAUCUCAGUGUCUUCAUAUAGGACACUGACAACCAAGGAGAAGCAUUUACUGAAGUAGUCAUAGUAGGAAAAGUGGUUUCUUCUGGGGGAGGAUGUUUUUCUUUAAUAAAAAAGAGAUUUAUUAUUUCAUAGAGUAAGUCUUUAGUUUGGGUAUGUCUAGAAUUAGUGUGUACAGGAGGUCAUAGUUUUGAGGACUCUGAGUUGCUUAUCCAGUUCUGUCAUCAGUUUUCUUUGCCAGUCACAGGAUGUUUGUCACUCCACUUGUAGUAGCAGGAUGGACUGUGACAUUUUCAUACACCUAAUCAUGGAAAAGUUUUAGGAAGUGUGCUUGGAAGUUAUGCAUAGACAUAUAAGAUCUUCACUGGAAUAUGAAACUAUUUACAUUACUCUCAGAAAACAAAUGUUAAAGAAACAUGAAGGAGUGGAAGAAUUCCUCAUCUAGGGUGUCUUUUUUCUGCUGAUGCUGGGCAGGAGAUGGACAAGUUGAGGGGUAGCACCUAUUUAUAGCCAAUCCUAAAGGUACUUUCCAAAAUGGGUGCUAUGAGAGCGUGUUGCCAAGGGGAUUCAGAAGUGAUGGAGCACGCUAUUGGGCCUUCUGGUAAAGUGAGUUAGAUACUAGAUCUUUCAUUCCAGUUUCUCCACGGAUUGAACAGAAACUAUGCUUCUCCCUAAAGUGUCAUGACAUUUCCCUUAGUUUUUGCUUUGUCACAUCCAGCUUACAUGCAGGACUGUCUGAUAGGGUGGGAAUCUUUAGCCACUCUGAUUUUGAUUCCUGGCUUUACCCCAUCUUUCCCUGACCUCUCUACUGGUUCUCUCUGUUCUGUGAUGUUUUCUUUUUUUCUCUAGACAGGCAACUUCCUCUGUGUAUCCAGGGCAGUGAGAACUUGCUGUCCAGGCAGCUUCCUCUCCUACAAUGAAAAUGCUAAUUGUGUCUGAACUGCCAAGUCCCUUUAGCAAUGGCCUGCUAUCUCUUUGUGUGGUCUCUAGGUCUUCUACACCUCCACACCUUGGGUCACUGCUACACUGAUAGCUUGAGAAGUUUGGCAAAUACCCUCUAAAGAAAUCUGAGCUGACUUUCAUGAGUCACGGGGGAGCCAAAUGCACACACUGUGUCCAUAAACCAGCUACAGAAACAAGCAAGGUUUAUUGUUAGUUGCUCUGUCUGAAUCAGAGCAAAGAACGUUACUCAGUGCCCCUUUUGUGUUUUGAAAAGCUAUUCAGGCAAAUAAGUGCCCAGAUGACAGUGCAGUGCUUUUAGGAUGAUGUCCCUUAGGAAGCACAAGAAGCAGGGGCACGUUUCCAAAUGUCUCACAUUAAAAAGAGGUUCCAACCCCAAACUAAAUGUGGUGUCUUAUACCACAGAACCCAUAGUAGUCAGUAGGGUAAAAUUAAACUGGAAAAAUACAGAACAUUAGUGAUUAGUGUCUUGAGUAUGGUAGGUCUCCUUUGUCCCUCUAAGUCAGGCAUCAGUGCAGAAGCCCAUCUCUGCUGUAACAGGAUUGGAAGUGUUCAGUACCAAAUCCAUGUCUCCUGCAUGGCCUCAUGGUCAGGGAGCAAUGACUUUCUUCCUAUCUUCUACAGACAAGUCUGCAUGGGUGCAGCCUUAUCUUUGAGCUGUUGAGAAAAGAAUCUGAGGUCACUGUAGGUGAGACCUGCUUUCCUGGGUGCUUACCCCUUGCAACUGCCUGUUCGAUAGUUUUAAUUCUACAUGUUAUCAGAAACUUGCUUUAUAAUCCAUGAGAAAGAAAUUCAACUUUCUUUUCUUAUUGAAUCCUGUUCCAUGGCUGAUCCAUGCCACUUCCCUGUAAAACACUGGGUAUUAACCCCAGGCUUAGGACCCUGCAGAACAUGUUGGUCCACACAUAUGGGCUUGUCAGAUCAAUAAGACACAUUAUAUUCAAGACUAAAGAUUAAUUCAAGGACACAUUAAUAAACUCAGAUCUGACUAAGAAUGAAUUUCUAACAGUCCUUGUCUUGUGGGCUGCUGACAACUUAUUUGAGUGCCUUACCUCUUUUCUAAUCCAUGUUGAACACAAGUCUUCCUUCACUGCCUCUGUGAAGUACCUUAAUACCUUUAAACCUCCAGUAGUGGCAGAUAGAAAAAGUGGCCUGUCUUGAGAAUUACAAGUACUUCAAUUUGCAAGAUUCAGUUAUAGGCUUAAUUUUGGAAAUGAUUCUUAGAGCUGUUUUUAUUAAGUGCCCACAUUGGAUGGAGAGGGGAAGUAAUUUGGACAUACUUGAUUUAUAGUAUUUUUAGAUUAAAAGGUGAUUGUAAGAUUUAAAAUGAAAGUUUUGCUCCAAGGUUAGCUAUUAUCUUGCAUAUUUUCUUUGUACAGAUAGCUGAAGUAGAUCAAAAUAAAAGGUUAAGAAAGUAGUUGCUAUAUUAUAUUGGUGAAGGCCAGGGCCAUCUACCAGUGUGCAGCUGGCCUCUGUGUGACUGUCAUUUCUAUAACAGACCUGUUCUAACAAGAGUGAGUCCACCCUCAAGAUGAGGACAUUAGGUAAUGAUGGCAGAGCCCUCUUGACUUACCACUUAAUAGUCACAACUCUCAGUGAUAUUGGAUUGCCGAUAUGGGACACAUUAUUUAAUUAUAACGUGUCUCACUAUUCUGAUUAAAUGAGGUAACGAUGUUGACCUACCUCAAUGGGCAGGUUUCAGGUGUGACUAAUGCUUUUAAUAAAGUAUUUAAAAAUCCUCACCAGGGUAAUUUUCAAGUCCUCUGUAUUUUUAUUAUAGCAGUGUUCACCUUGGACUUGGCAUGUACCUAAGUGCUGGGUGGCAUCAUUAUUGUAUACGAUUCUCUUGAGAGGUUAAUGAGUGCAUUUGAUGAGUGUUGGAUAACUAAACCGACACAAUUUGAGAAUGGGUAUUGUUGCUAUGAAAACAUGCAGGAUACCUUUUCCUUCCUUGGGUGGCAUUUUUCCUUUUUUAAUGACUAUUAGUUAUUUGUAACCUAAGAAUAAUUUUGUAACAAUUUCUGUUAAUGAUCAACUCUGAAGCUAUUUCUACUGAAUUGAGAUGUGCUUGUUCAUAAUAAAAGUGAAUUGAAUCUGG